AUGUCUGGAACCUCGUCUUCUUUCGCCAAUUACGGCGACUUUUGUUUUGUCGUGGACUCCGGUCCUGCUGCUGUCGUUCCUGGCCCUGUUGUCGCAGUGGCACCUGCUGUCCUGCCUUUUGUGUAAGAUAUCCCUCCUUUCUACUGUCCCACGCUUUCCAAUUGGCACUUUCAAUUUGCGCGUCCAACGGGCACAUAUACUAAUCGGAUAUAUAUACAGUACCUCGUUUCGGUGGGCCGAUCUGGCAGUCGAGCUCUCCAUCAAAAUCCUCGCCAUUCUACUUGCACCUCUCUUCGACUCGGACGGCUACUUCAGCCUGAAGGUCAUCACACCACGGGCUUCGGCCGCCAAUCUUUCGUCCUCUCGUCUCCUCGGCCGCUCUGGCAACUACGCAGUCCUCGUUCCUCGACUCCCAGGAGUCACACGUUCUUUGGUGCGCUCGCUUGUCGAGCUCGGUCAGGUGAUGGUGGAUUUCCGGGCGACACUUGGAAAGUGUCUUUACAAGAAGACACGAAAGCACGCCAAUUCCGACCGCGGUCCUUGCCGUCCAGCUUCCCUCCUUGCAUUCCUCAGAGACCGUCCGGCUGUCGUGUCUACCAUAAAAUCCCUCUCGUUAGAGGUUGAUUUUACCGAGGCCCGGUAUCUGGGGGAUGUGAGGAGCCUAUUGGCACUUCUAGGUGCCGGACAAUUGAGCUGGAUGUCCUGGACCUGAAACUUGUGGUGGAUGAGGAGAAUAAGGGGGAUAUUGAGGGGGGGUUGGGGGUCUUUGGGUGUCUUUCUAGCCUUUCAGGGCUGGAGAUUGGGAGGUUGGAACUGGAUGUUGAGUUUUUGUUGGAGGACCCGGACGACGAUGAUGAGGACUAUUCUUCUGCUGCUCAGGCGGCAGAUUAUACGAGUCUCGUCGGAGGAUGGGUAAGGAGACGGAGGCGGUAUUGA